AUGACUGGUGUGGCAUGUGCAAGGUUAGGAGCUUGUGUAGGAACACUUGUGAAUACAAUUGUGAAUCAAAAGAAAGAUCUGUAUUUAGGACUUGAAUUAGGUGUUGUUUUAACAUUGGGACUUGUAAUUUGCGGAUUCAUUGCCGGCUUUUUUGCAACAGAGGCCUAUUUAUAUUUCAUCAUAAAAUCAGUGAGAAGUAGAAUUUUGGAAGAAAUUGAACUUCACAUUGAAAAUAGCCCUCAAGGAGCGUCGCUUUACAACGACAAGAAAGCAAUUCUCACCGUUUUAGAUAAUAAGGCGUUGAUAAUCUUCCAAGAAAUGAUAGAAGAAAAGAAAUUAUCUUAUUUACGUGACUUUUUCAAAUUUUGUAACAAGUCAUCAUUUACAACGGUAGUCACAAGACAGGAAGGUGGUGACGUUGUACUCACUGAGAAGGAUUUAGCAAUGACUUUUUCAAAGUUAUUCCUGUUAAGAAAAUCGUCAGAUAUGGACCUACUCUAUUUUGCUGCAUUGCUGAUGGGAUAUGAUCACAGGAAUGAGGGAAGUUUUAGUACCUCACAAGCAAUCGAUCUAAUGAAUCGAGUAUCAAGAAACACCAAGAAUUUUCUAUUUCGAAUGGUUGUUCACUAUCGAAUCAAGGAAAUGCAGCAUUACUCUUCAGAACAUAAUAUUAUUGAAGAUGUGAACGAUUCUGACUCGAAAGUACAAAGUGUGAAGCUUGCUCAAGAAACAUUACUUAGUUUGCAUAGAGACUUUUUCAAAGAAAUGAUCAGCGAUCCUGUGAAGACGAGCAGUCUUGAAAAGAUAACCAAAAGAUGA